AUGAUGCUUGCGGUGGAAGAUGUGUUGAGCGAACUAGCCGGAGAAGAAAAGAACGAGAGAGGAUUGCCACCUGGCUUCCGGUUUCACCCAACGGACGAAGAGCUCAUCACCUUCUACUUAGCUUCCAAAAUCUUCCAUGGAGGUCUCUGCGGCAUUCACAUUUCUGAAGUUGAUCUCAACCGCUGCGAACCUUGGGAACUACCUGAAAUGGCGAAGAUGGGAGAGAAGGAGUGGUACUUUUACAGCCUAAGGGAUAGGAAAUAUCCGACGGGUUUGAGGACUAACAGAGCAACCACUGCUGGAUACUGGAAAGCUACCGGAAAAGAUAAGGAGGUCUUCGCAGGCGGCGGUGGACCGCUUGUUGGGAUGAAGAAGACGUUGGUGUUCUACAAAGGUAGGGCUCCACGUGGCCUCAAGACUAAGUGGGUCAUGCAUGAGUAUCGCCUCGAAACCGACCUUUCACACCGCCACACGUGUAAGGAGGAAUGGGUGAUUUGUAGGGUGUUCAACAAAACAGGAGAUAGAAAAAAUGUUGGAAUCCAUAACCAAAUCAGCUACCUUCAUAACCAAACACUCUCAACAGCACAUCAUCAUCAUCAUCAUCACCAUAACCAUCAUCAUGAAGCCUUGCCUUUGCUUUUAGAAUCUUCCAACAAAACCCUAAACAACUUCCCAUCACUGCUCUACGAGGACACCCAUCAAACUUACAAUAAUAGCCUCCUUAAUGGAUCAUCAGGCCACAACCUCGACGAGCUCAAAGCCCUAAUCAAUCCAGUCGUGUCUCAGCUCAACGGAAUCAUCUUUUCCCCGGGAAACAACAAGGAGGAGGACGAGUUCGGGUUUAACCUCGGCGUGAAGACAGAGCCAUCUUCGAACGGUGGUAACAAUAACGAACUUGACGUACGAGAUUACUUGGAGAAUCCUCUGUUUCAGGAAGCGAGUUACGGUCUGUUGGGUCUUUCGUCUUCUCCUGGUCCUCUUCACAUGCUAUUAGAUUCUCCAUGUCCUUUAGGUUUCCAGCUGUAGAAUCAUAGCUAGCCUUUGGAUUUUAUA